AUGUCCUUCACGGUUGACAUCACGAAGAAAUUAGGGGCUCGAGGAAGAGCGCAUGUAUCCUCAGGUUUCAGAUUCUUCCCUCAUCCUAACUCUGCCUUUCAGAAGAAUGAACCUAAAAAAGUCUCGCCACCGCCGACACUGAAAUCAUCUCCCGGCACCUCUGCCCCUGCGACCAUGCCUCGAACUCCCGAUGAUCCUGCUUCUCAAAUUCCUGACCCAAACAUACAUUCAGUCGCCUUGGAUCUCCACCAACGACUCUCCGUUGAAGAACUUGCCGCUUCAAAUCCAAAAAUUGCUGCACAAGCUGUCCCACCAAGAUCGUCCUCCCUUCAUGCGCUUGAGAAGUAUGCUCAAUCCCAACCCGCAGGUAGCGCUUCACCGCCAAUCAAACAAGAACCUAAAGCAGUACAAGAUCCCGUUGUCUUACUUCGGUUCGACAAAUACCUUGCGUCUGGUAAUAUCUGGGAUUUCUGGUUGUGCCAUCAUUCUAUAUACGGCAAGGUGGUGUUGAAAAUCGUUGACCUGCGAGACCCACCGUGUAUCAACCCGUACUAUGAUGAGUAUAUAGAUCCUUUCGAAAUCGUUGAGCAUGCACUUCAAGAAGAAGAAUUGUUGAUGGACGAACUCAAGGAUCUUCAGGGUAAUCUAGUACCCAGGUAUUAUGGCAUGUACUUAUCCGACGCUCUCCCGAAUCUCGAAAUACCUUAUCUAGCAAUGAUUUUAGAAUAUGCGGGAGAACCUCUUGGACCUGGAUUCAUCGACUUGCAUGAAGAUUGGCGAAUCAAAGUCUAUGAAGCAUACAAAGCGAUACACACCCGGGGGGUUGUUCACAAUGACAUAUGCUCACGACAUGUGCUCUAUGACGAGUUUGGACGGAUCUGUCUUGUCAGUUUUCGUCGAUCGGACUCGGUGGACAUGAAGAAUAUCAUGGAUGUUCACGGCGCGGUCAUGGAGGCUGCAAUAGUUAGGACGAGAUUCGGUUUUCAUAAGCCCGGAUCUUUGGAUAUGUCCAAAGAGGUUCCCGAGUAUGCUGCGCAAUUGGACGAUCCCAAAAAAUUUCUCGACUCACUGCAGAAGCCGAAAAAGGAUGGAUAUGAGGAAUCAGAAAGAAGGGAAUGA